AUGUCCGACCAAGCUCUCCCCACCGACCAGUCCGAUUCCCAGACCCAGAAGCGCCGUAUUCGCAAGCGGACUGGCACCACCAGAGAACGCACCGGUUGCGUGACUUGCCGUCGUCGCAAGAAGAAAUGCACCAAUGAAUACCCUGUCUGUGACCACUGCCGCCGUCUGAACUUUGAAUGCAUUCGCGAGGAGCCCCGCCAAGCAGUCGUGGGCAAGUCUGCUCCCGGAGAUGGCUCCGUGAAUGGCCCUCUCCCUGAGGCCGACACCACCGUUCUUGCGACCUCUUCGUCCACUGUGCUUGCUGUUCCCUCCUCUACCUGGACCGCUCCAGUCCUCUCUUUGGAUCCCGUGGCGAGCUGGCCCGGAACCGCAGGCGAUAGCACUGCCGCAACUAGCCGCAGACUGCUCCUCCGCUAUUACCUUCAGACCCUUUCAACCCUUCUAACUAGUACGCUUGAGAAUAAUUGUUUUGCUUCUGUCUUCCUUCCCAUGGCCACCGAGUCUCCGAUGUUGCUCAAUGCCAUCAUCGCUCAUUCUUCUUCCCACUUGUCCUUGAGAGACAAGUCUUACGAAGUUCUCGCAUUGCAGAGCCGGAGCAAUGCCUUGAGUUCUCUAGCCGCCUCCCUUUCUUCUACAGACCGGGAUCCCGAGCUCGACCUAUCCUGUUGCCUAGUUCUGUGCUCCAUGGAAUCCAUCCUCGGCGAUACGAGCAAGUGGUAUAACCACUUGGUCGGAGCCUCCCAGAUCAUUCGCGCCACCUCGGGCACCAUGUACGAAGACGGCCAACUCAGUGCCGACCAGCUGGCACAGUUCUUCAACACCUUCGAGGGACGGUGGCUGAAGCGCAAUUUCGCCUACCAUGAUGCCCUGCAUACCGUCACCAUGAAUACACGACCGCUGAUCUCGGGCUACUAUUGGCAAUCAGCCGACGAAGAGGUCGCCGACUCUUAUUUUGGCCUGGCAUCUAGGAUAAUCUAUCUGAUCUCCGAGAUCAGUGUUCUCAACGCUGAUAUGGCCGAGGCUACCGCAGCUUUUGCCAAGGAAGCUACCCAGUCUCCCUCUCCGGCAUCAUCCACCACGACGGGGACGUCACCGACGGUGAUUGGAGAGGACGAAGCAAAGAUACUCGACGACCCAGAGAUCCAGCAUGUCCCCCGCUCAGACAUUCCACUACCCGAAACCAAUGGACAGUCACAAGUCAGGUCGGAUUUCUCAAGUAGAGCACAACGCCUGGAGAGCGAACUCCAAGAAUGGACACCACCGGAUUGCCAGGACAUUCACCUGAAGGCUAUGGCCGAGACUUACCGCAACGCCGCCCUGAUCCACCUCUACCGAGUCUUGCGCCGUCACCUUCCGGACCUCACACCGGCCCUAGAUCGCAAAUUGGCCGCACCAGUUCAAGGGAUUGUUGAAGCAGUGGAGAAGAUGCCCGUCAGAUGCUUGCCGGAGACGACACUUCUAUUUCCAUUAUUCAUGGCCGGCGGAGAGACGAAUCAAGCAGAUCAGAUACGCAUCAUCCGCCAGCGCAUGGUGGAUAUAAUCAACUACCGCCACUUCCACAACGUCGAAGUCGCCCUCACCGUCCUGGAUGAGCUGUGGCGGCUACGUGCCGGCAACACCACACCUGGCAACGGCCAGCGGCGAGUUGAUUGGGUCGAUGUCCUCGCUCGCCGACGGUGGCGCCUGGCAUUGACUUGA